AUGCAAAUGACCUACUACUUCGACUUGUCGGGUGCGUGUCCGGGCAUCCACAAGUGGCCGUUCGACUUUCUCGACCGCACGCCUAUGGACGACUACGCGCCCCGAUGGUCGAUCCUCUACAGCCACGGGGCGGUCGACAGCGAGGAUGAUCUCAACAUGGCGCCCAGCGGCUCCAAUCGCAGACCAAAGCCGUACCUUCAGCCCCCAAUCCUUCCUCCAAGUCCCCCUCCUAGUCCACCGUGUGCUCGCCAUCGACGUCCCGCUUCCCCUGACCAUCAACGCCGCCGCAGUCCUGUCCGCCGCGCCCACAACAUUCCCGGUAACCACCGCACACAGCUCGCCCCUGCGGAGCUCCAGCUUCUCACUCUUCCUUGCAACCGCUGGGCCCCGACGCCUGAAAGCCCGGACACCGGCACCAGCGGCGGAGGCCGAGGGAGGCGGGCGACUCGCGCGCACGCAGGCAGCAAAGGAGGGAUGCGUGGCCCAUCCUACAGCAUGGGUCCGCCGCCACGGCCGACCUCGCAGCAAAACCCCAAGGUGCGGUCGUGGACUCCGGCCGGCGGGAGAACCGGUCGCAUCACAAUCUGCCACAUCCCCUCACCACCCAGGACGGCGUCGCCAUGCUCGCUUCGGCAGGACAUGCCAGCGCGGGACGGUAGUCGAAGCGGCUUCAGCCGUCAGGACAGAGCGUCAAUGGACCCCUUCCCAAGAAUCAGCCUCGGGAGCGAUGGGCCGCCGCCAUUUGUCGACAUGUCGAGGAAGCCGCCGUACAGGGAAAGGUCGGAUUCUGCGGGAAGCAGCAUGUCGGGCGUCUCCUUUGGUGUCGCGGGGAGCCUCCGUUCGUCGGCCAAUGGCCAGGCCUCGGGAUGUGCCGAGCCGCCGCCCCCACCAAGGCACAUCCCUGCUGUCCCCAGCCCCGCUCGGGCGCCUCCGGCCGACCUAGGGCACGCGCUACGAAAAAAACCAGCUGUCUGCGAUUUGAAGGAGGCGAACGAGGACGGGGUCGAGAUGUGGGCUUGGGCAGCCACCGCCGAAAUGUACACUUUGCAAAGACGACGGCGGCGCUAGGGAAAUACUCAUCGUUGUGCGGUUUCACCCUUCCUGCUUAGAAAGCAAUGACAGUUUUGC